CACUACUCUCCUUCCCUUUCUCCCAAAACUAUGGAACUCUCAUGGGAGUCUAGUGUCACUGAUUCCAUCAAUGCCAUUUAUCUACUCUUUUCAGCUUAUUUAGUCUUUGUCAUGCAACUAGGGUUUGCAAUGUUGUGCGCGGGCUCCGUUCGGGCCAAGAAUGCCAUGAACAUUAUGCUCACCAAUGUGGUGGACGCUGUUGUUGGUAGCCUAUCUUAUUACUUAUUCGGAUUUGCUUUCGCCUUUGGGGAAGGCCCGAAUGAGAACCCAUUCAUCGGGACGAGUUACUUUGCUUUGAAGGACGUUCCCACGAGUUCUUAUGAUUAUAGCUUCUUUCUUUACCAGUGGGCUUUUGCUAUUGCUGUUGCUGGGAUUACUAGUGGAUCCAUUGCUGAGAGGACCCAAUUUAGUGCCUAUUUGAUCUUCUCAUUUUUCUUGUCUGGGUUUGUUUACCCCAUUGUGGCUCAUUGGGUUUGGUCCUCUAGUGGGUGGUUAAGCCCGAGUUCGGGCUCAUUGUUGUUCGGGUCGGGUGCCAUUGAUUUUGCUGGGAGCGGGGUGGUUCACUUGGUGGGUGGCGUUGCCGGGCUUUGGGGCUCACUUAUAGAAGGCCCAAGAGUAGGCCGAUUCGAUGCCUUCGGAAAUCCCGUGGCAAUGCGUGGACAUAAUGCAACUUUAGUGGUUCUUGGCACAUUUUUGUUAUGGUUUGGAUGGUUUGGUUUCAAUCCUGGAUCCUUUAACAAAAUUCUUGUACCCUAUCCCAACACGACAGACCAAGGGAACUGGACUGCAAUUGGUCGGACAGCCGUCACGACCACGCUAGCCGGUUCUACUUCAGGAAUCGUCACUCUAUUUAGUCGGCGAUUACUCGUGGGCCACUGGGAUGGCCUAGACGUUUGUAACGGACUACUUGGUGGAUUUGUUGCGAUUACCUCUGGAUGCUCCGUGGUAGAACCCUGGGCUGCAAUAGUUUGUGGAUUCUUCGCUGCCUGGGUCCUCAUCGGACUCAACAUCUUGGCCCUAAAGCUCAAACUGGACGACCCACUAGAAGCGGCUCAAUUGCACGGCGGAUGUGGAGCUUGGGGCCUAAUCUUUACCGGGCUAUUCGCUAAAGAGGAAUUUGUGGUCCAAGCAUAUGAUGCGGGGCAAAUCGGGGUACACCGAUCAUACGGGCUCUUGAUGGGAGGUGGGUGGGGACUUAUAGGGGCCCAAUUAGUUGAACUUUUGGUGAUAUUGGCGUGGGUUAGCCUUACCAUGGGGCCAUUGUUUUACUUGCUUCAUUGGCUCAGAAUUUUGAGGAUAUCUCCGGAUGAGGAAGUAGCAGGGCUUGAUAUAUCCAGCCAUGGAGGUUAUGCCUACACUGCUCCUCCAGAGGAAACUGGUCCUCAAUUUUAUGCAGAAUAUAUGAGAAUGCAGAUUAAUUCAUAGUCUUCACAUUAUAUUUCUUACUUUAAAUUGUUUACAAAUUUGUAAUCCCAAUUUAUCAAUUUCGGUUGUGUGUAUAUUAUGAAUCAUCAUA